CUCGUGGUGUUUGUUUACAAAUUGGUCAUGGCCGUCGGCCGUCCUCACGGAGCCGCCGCGACUUCGCCGUGACUGUCGUGCUGCAAGAAGAAACAUCGCGACAGCAUUGCAUGGUGGGGUCAACUACAUACUGGGGUCAACGCCUUGCUCUAGUCAACAAAGUCGAAGACUUCUCCGCAAGAAGAUACAUAAGCUUUUUUGAGGCUUAUCGUAUCAUUUCCCCAACGCUGUAGACACUGCCUUUAUUGCGGCCUUGACGAAGAAGUACUUGUCAAACAGACAAAAAUGGCCUCAAACGAAGCUUACGCAAAGGCCAAGGACUGGCGCCGCAGCCACACCAGCCUCACUGCCCAGUUGUGGUACAUGUACGAAAAUGGCAUCUGUGUUGAUGUGCUUGUCCGAGUCAAGGCAAUCGAUGGGACCGAGGUUGUGUUCAAAUGCCACAAAUUGGUGCUCGCCCGGCUGUCCGAAAAUUUUCUACGUCUGGUAAAAAACACAGACGACGAUGGCGACGUAGAAAUUGUCACCGUCAACCUUAGCACCAACGAUCCUAAAAUCUUUUCUGUUAUUUUGAGGUACGCCUACCUGGACAAGCUGGAACUCAAAUCGAUGAAACAGGCAUUGGAUGUACACAGAUUCUCCUGCGAAUAUGGAACUGUGCAAAUUUUCAAAGAGUGCGAAGAUUACAUUUCCAAUAACGUCAACAAACACUCCGUGUGGGACGUGCUUGACUACGCUCCUAAACAGUCUAUGCUCAUGAAAUGGGCCAAAUCGACCUUGGGAAGGGAAACCAAGCAAUGUCUGCAGUCAGAAAAUUUCCUAAAUUGCUCCCAAUCGACGUUGCUUACCCUGGUAAAAAUGCAGCAGCUGAACAUGCCUUCAGAGCUGGAUUUGGUGUUGGCGGUGAUCAAGUGGACAAGGCGCAGGAACAAAGACCAAGAUCUCACGCCACAGAUCUCGCAGGAGCUGCUGGGUCCGGUCCUGGAGCAGAUCCGCUUCCUCUCGCUCUCAGCUGCUGAGUUCUCGGAGCACGUGGCCAAAUCUGGACUGCUGAAUAAUUCUGAUUGUCUGGCCAUUUUGGUCAACAUGUCCGCGCCAGGCCAGAUGGCCUUGUCCAACCACAUAUGCAAGCAGAUGCGACCCAGGGAGAAGGCUUGCACGGCAAAAGAGAGCAGUCAAAAACCAACCCCUACAAAGAAACAUGAAAAGGAGCAGCAGGUUGUGAAAGUAGCUAACAAAGUGGUUCCUCCGCCUAAAAAUGCUGCAGCAUCGAAACAGGAUGAGAUAAUGAAGAAAACAGAUUUGCUCUUCAAGCAGUUACAGCAAGGUAUAUCCUCCAUGCUUAAUCCAGUGGAAAAUACUCAAGACCAUGUUGUGGUGGAACGGGUGUUGGAUCCUGUUUGUCCCUUUUUAACCCAGACGAUGAAAGCACCCUGUGAAAUUAAUAUCAGCUUCCAACUAAGCAGGGCUGCCACCCUGAAGGCUGUCUGUAUCGAGACCCAGGUCACCGAAACUAACAAGAAGAUUUACAAGGAAGCUCUGCACAUUAUGGUCCGCGAAAUGGGAAAAACUGAAAAUAUCGCUUAUCAAACUUACCACGGUGACGCCAGAUAUGGACCUGAUGAGGAACUGCAAGUGAAUUUUACUUCAAAAGUGAAACGAAUGAAUUCUGGAGUGUGGUACACCAUGAGGAUCCUCCUGCGCUCUGCUGGCCAAUACAAAUUGCACUUUCGACCCAACUUAGUUGUACUCGAGGAACUGAAGGUCGUGUUUAACAAGGAAGAAUCCUGUGCUAGGAAACCAUGCCCAGUUACCAAACUCAUACUUGAAGUCUGACGCGGAAGCAAAAAACGUUGAUAUGGUAUUAUUUUUUACUAUUUACCUACACAAACUUAGGAAUAAAAAGAUCAAUUCCAAGAACAAAAUAA